CCCGCCCCCGAGCUGUUCAACGGGCCCAGUCUCUCCGCCCCGCCCAGGAGGCGGGGCCCAGCGGACACUGCUCCUCGCCUGCAGCCGGCGGGGUCAGCUCGUACUCAGGGGCAGCGCCCAUCAAGAUGUCUGCGCUGAGGGUCACCCGGGUGCUUCAAAGCAUUGCUCAAUGUGGCUGGAGAUCACAAUCUAGUCAAGCUGCUCAAGUGUCACAUCAAAUUAAACCUGGAGCUGGCUUUAGUUUUGAGCUCAGUGAUGAACAGAGAGAGUUUCAAGCUACUGCUCGUAAAUUUGCUAGAGAGGAAAUCAUCCCUGUUGCUGCACAAUAUGACAAAACUGGAGAGUAUCCUGUUCCCCUUAUAAAACGGGCAUGGGAACUUGGUCUGAUGAAUUCACACAUACCAGAAAGUUGUGGUGGACUGGGCCUUGGCACUUUUGAAGCUUGCCUUAUUACAGAAGAAUUAGCUUAUGGAUGUACAGGGGUCCAAACUGCUAUUGAAGCAAAUUCCUUGGGACAAAUGCCAGUCAUCAUUGCAGGAAAUGAGCAACAGCAGAAGAAAUAUUUGGGGAGAAUGACUGAGGAGCCAUUGAUGUGUGCCUACUGUGUAACAGAACCUGGAGCAGGCUCUGAUGUGGCAGGUAUAAAAACGAGAGCUGAGAAGAAAGGAGAUGAAUAUGUCAUAAAUGGUCAAAAGAUGUGGAUCACCAAUGGUGGCAAAGCUAACUGGUAUUUUUUGUUAGCUCGUUCCAAUCCUGAUCCGAAAGCCCCUGCCAGCAAAGCCUUUACUGGAUUUAUUGUGGAAGCAGACAGCCCUGGAAUCCAAAUUGGAAGAAAGGAGUUGAAUAUGGGUCAGCGCUGCUCAGAUACAAGAGGUAUUGUCUUUGAGGAUGUGAGAGUGCCCAAAGAAAAUGUUCUAAGUGCUGAGGGAGUUGGUUUUAAAAUUGCUAUGGGAGCUUUUGAUAAAACCAGACCUCCAGUAGCAGCAGGUGCUAUUGGGCUAGCACAGAGAGCAUUGGAUGAAGCUACUAGGUAUGCUUUGGAAAGAAAAACCUUUGGAAAACCAAUUAUAGAGCACCAAGCAGUGUCCUUCAUGCUGGCUGAAAUGGCAAUGAAAGUGGAACUAGCUAGACUGGCUUGCCAAAGGGCUGCUUGGGAGAUUGAUGCGGGUCGCAGAAAUACUUACUUCGCAUCCAUUGCCAAGGCAUUUGCUGGUGACAUUGCAAACCAACUAGCUUCAGAUGCGGUCCAGAUUUUUGGAGGAAAUGGAUUUAAUAGUGAAUAUCCUGUAGAAAAACUAAUGAGAGAUGCCAAAAUCUAUCAGAUCUACGAAGGAACAGCUCAGAUCCAAAGGCUGAUCAUAGCACGUGAACAUGUGGCCAAGUUUAAAAGUUAAGCAAAAGCAUUGAUGUUGGCUGUCAAUGCCUUUAUAAAGGAAAAGAGGGCUUUAAACUUUUUCUUGAAUGCAGUUUAAAAAGAAAAAAAUAAUAACCUUUCAUUCACACUUUUGUAUUAUGUACUUUCUUAAACCUCAAUUUUUCCCCUGCUCUGUCUACAAAUUUGGUAUUUUCUAAAGCAUAUCUUUGGCCUCCAAUAUGGUAUUGCAUUGUUUUUUUAAUAGUACAUUUUUUUCUCCUUAAAAGGGUCCAAACUUGCACACAUUGGAAUACAUUGUAGUUUCAUCAUUGAAUUCAGUAGGAGCAGAUUUGGACCUAAGCAAAGAAGAAAAUAUCGAAACCUUUAAUAAAAAAGCUAUUACUCUGUUUCCUCAGAGAUCAUGUUCUGCUUCGUAGGUUUCAAUUUCUUCUGUGUACUUACAGCUUUAUGAGUUCUAGAAACUUGCACUUUCAGAAUAUUUAAAAUUAAGUAUAGGUGAAUGUUUAGGCCCUGCUAAAUUAUAAUACUGUGUUCUGACAUCAAAACAGGGAUUAUUGUUUUAGGAAAAUAAUAUCACAGCAGCUUAUCACUUUAUUUUACUAUACUUGUAAAUUGUCUAUACAUGUAUGAGCAAAACCUGUUUUAUGCUAUGCCAUUGUAAACAAACAUGAAAUUUGGUUUACUUGUGCACCAUCUUUCAUCUUAUUUGUCUGGAACAAGUACUGAUUUUUUUUUUUUUUUUUUAAUUCUGUCUAUUUGGAUGCAUGUAUUUUACCUUCUGUGCCUUAAAAAAAGCUAUCGUAUUGUAUACAGUUUAAAAAAACCAAACUUCAUUCUCCUCUCUCUCUCCUUCCUAAAAUAAGACUUCUUUUUAUGGAUAAAUACUAUGAACAACUUUUGGGAACUAAUGUUAUGCGCAAUAGUAGUUUCAUUAACUACAUAUUUUUUUUAUAGCAGAAAAACUGAACAAUGACCAUUCAGAUUCAGAUUUUUUAGUUUCUUUGAACUGCACGCAUUCAAAAUCACCAUAAGGGUUACUGUGCCACAUUUUUGGAUAUAGUAUCCCUAUUAAACAUAAAUAUUACCUCAAGUAUGAUGAUUGAUAGAAGCAGUAAAUCACACAAUGCAAAGUUUUUCCUGUCAUGUUUAAUAGUAAAUGAUUCGAAAGGUGUUUGUUAGUCAUAGUGCUGAAUUGCAGUAAUAAAAAACUACUUAUUCUCAGAAAACAGAUGUGCACUACUCAUUUUUAUUUUCAAAUGAGGACCAGUUUCCUUCAAAUAGACUAUGGUAGAAAUUGUAUAACAUUGUGAGGUAUGAUUGGUAAUAGGAUAUUCAGAUAUGACAUUUUAAGUUACGUGUUCAAAUCAGGUCCAGCUCAGAAUUAGACAAUUCAUUUUUAGUCCGUCUUUGUGAAUGAGUUGUUAAUUAUACUUUAAUUCCUAUUUGGUCAUUAUCCAUGCCACAGACCACUGCAAUGGACCAUCCAAGUCGAGGCCAGAGGUUGCAUAGCUUAGCCAUGGAAAUCUUGCUCAUAUUGGGACUAACUCACCUCUUCCAAAUUAUCAUUGAUACUUAGUGGGGUUUGAUGAGGAGGGGAAGUUUACACUGAUACUGUGCAUGCUAUGUAUCUGUUUUGGGGAUCUAAGUAACCUCAGGCAUUACUUGAACAGCAGUCAGAAUCUAGCCACUGGAAGUGAACAAGUAUCAUGUCAGUUUCCAGGACUGUCAAUCUUUCAUGAGAACUAAAUUCACAUUUCAAGUUUUAUUCUCUGUUCUGUUUCCUAGUUGAGGGUGAAUCAUUUUGUAGUAGGGGGUUUUUGUCUAAACUUACUAAAAUAAGUAUUUAAGGUGUCACGAGGCAUAAAUUUUGUUUUCAGGUAGUACUAGCAAAAUGCUAAUCCUCAUAGAAGUCUUACUGAAGGAAAACAGAAGUGCUUGUGUGCAUGAAAGCAGAAUCAUAACCGCUAUGUAACCUACAUGAAGAAAGCCUGCACCUGGCAUCUAUUAUUGAAGAAAA